AUGGUUGCAUCAUUGACAGGCCACACGCAUCGAGUGCUCUAUCUCGCUAUGAGCCCGGACGGCGAGACGAUCGUCACUGGCGCUGGCGACGAGACACUCCGGUUCUGGAAUGCGUUCCCGAAGAAGGAUAACCAUGAAGCAAAGCGGGAGAGUCGACUCGACUAUGGACGACUGAUUCGAUGA